AGGCGGCUGCUGACGCGGAGGCUGGGGCAGCGGCGAUGGCGCCCCUCCCUGAAGAGGUGGACGUGUUCACCGCCCCGCACUGGCGGAUGAAGCAGCUGGUGGGGCUAUCCUGCGACAAGCUUUCUAAAACCAACUUUUCCAACAACAACGAUUUCCGUGCUCUUCUGCAGUCUCUGUAUGCUACUUUUAAGGAGUUCAAAAUGCAUGAGCAGAUUGAAAAUGGAUACAUUAUUGGUUUGCUUCAACGACGCAGCCAGACCAUUUAUAAUGUACAUUCUGACAACAACUCUGAGAUGCUUAGCCUCUUCGAAAAGGGACUGAAGAAUGUUAAGAAUGGAUAUGAGCAGUUGAAUUCUGAGAAACAGCUGAUAUUGGAGGCAUUUACAAGAGAUUUUUUUCUUCAUAUGAAAGAAGAAGAGGAGGUUUUUCAGCCCAUGUUAAUGGAAUAUUUUACCUAUGAAGAGCUUAAGGAUAUUAAAAAGAAAGUGAUUGCACAACAUUGCUCUCAAAAGGAUACCGCAGAACCCCUUAGAGGUCUUAGCCUGUGGCAUCAAGCUGAAGAGCGACAGAAGUUCUUUAAAUAUUCUGUGGAUGAAAAGUCAGAUAAAGAAGCAGAGGUGUCAGACGGAUCCACGGGUAUAAUCCAUCUUCCUCCUGAGGUAAUGCUGUCAAUUUUCAGCUAUCUUCAUCCUCAGGAGUUACGUCGCUGCAGUCAGGGAAGCACCAAAUGGUCUCAGCUGGCGAAGACUGGAUCGCUUUGGAAGCGUCUUUACCCUGUUCACGGGGUCGGAGGUGACUGGUAUCGUGGCCCUGCAACUGGACUUGAUACUGCACCUGAUGAGGAUGGUGAAAGUGGAAAGGAUGAAAGUCGUGCUUUUCGGGAAUGAUGCGAAGAUGCCGAUAUAGAUGAAUCUGAAGAGUCUGCAGAGGAAUCGAUUGCUAUCAGCAUUGCACAAGCAGAAAAACGUUUACUCCAUGGCUUCAUUCAUAAUGUUCUGCCAUAUGUUGGUACUUCUGUAAAAACUCUAGUAUUGGCAUACAGCUCUGCAGUUUCCCGCAAAACGGUGAGGCAGAUUUUAGAGCUCUGUCCUAAGCUGGAGCAUCUGGAUAUGAAAAAAAUCACAGAGGUGGCUCUAGAGAAGAUUUCUAGACUCUGUCCUAAGCUGGAGCAUCUGGAUAUGAAAAAAAUCACAGAGGUGGCUCUAGAGAAGAUUUCUAGAGCUCUUGGAAUUCUGACAUCUCAUCAGAAUGACCUUUUGUCUACAAGCAAAAUUACUUCGACUACAUGGAAAAAUAAAGACAUUAACAUGCAGUCCACCAAACAGUAUGCUUGUUUGCAAGAUUUAACUAACAAGGCUAUUGGAGAGGAAAUAGAUCAUGAAAACCCCUGGACUAAGCCUGUAUCUUCUGAGAAUUUCCCUUCUCCUUAUGUGUGGAUGUGUGUAUCACAGGCUGAAGACCUGGCCGAUAUUGAAGAUGCUUGGAAUGGAGACAGAAAUGUGGAAAGUCUUUGUGUAAUGGAGACAGCAUCCACCUUGAGUUGUUCCUCCUCUGGCUGUUACAGUAAAGAUGUUGUUGGACUAAGAACUAGUGUCUGUUGGCAGCAGCGUUGUGCUUCUCCAGCCUUUGCACACUGUGGUCAUUCACUUUGUUGUACAGGGACAGCUCUAAGAACUACGUCAGCACUCCCGGAGUCUUCUGCAUUGUGUGGGAAGGCACCAAGGACUAGCUUGCUUAGGGAAAAGGACUUAAUCUACUCUGGGAGUGAAAAAUCUGAUCGAGAGACUGGACGUGUACUUCUGUUUCUCAGCCUGUCUGGGUGGUAUCAGAUCACAGACCACGGUCUCAGGGUUUUGACUCUGGGAGGAGGGCUGCCUGAUUUGGAGCAUCUAAAUCUCUCUGGUUGUCUUACUGUAACUGGUGCAGGCCUGCAGGAUUUGGUUUCAGCAUGUCCUCCUCUAAAUGAUGAAUACUUUCACUACUGUGACAACAUUAACGGUCCUCAUGCUGAUACCGCCAGCGGAUGCCAGAAUUUGCCGUGUGGUUUUCGAGUCUGCUGCCGCUCUGGGAAAUGACCCUUG